CCAGCUCCACGUACCUUCUUUAUGUCCGCCUCGCAAAACCGCAGGACACUGCAUCAAGUAGAAAUGGCAACUGUCAGGUAUCUUGACCGUGCCUGCAGACGCCUUAGGUACAUCGACGCCACUGAAGCCGCAAUGAACAAUACAAGAUAGGCGACACGAACUGGAAACGACGAAGUCGAAACUGGAGUGCAAACAGAGCGGGAAUGUCAAUUCCAGCCGUUCAAGAUGCCUGAAAGUCAAAGAUCCGUAUGUUCGAUUUGUUCCAUCCUAUCUCCUAGCCGAAAUCUGCCAUGUGCCGCACUCGACACCAACACAUACGAUCAGCGAGAGGCUUUGCUAUGCGCAUCAGAUUCACUGGCGAUGCAGCAGACGAGAAUCCUGCGAGUAGGUGAUGCUAUCAAAAAGCUUGUUGAUCUGGAUCAGCAUGUCUUUGUCCCUCUCCACAUUAGAACUAAACCCAGCUUCCAUUGUAACAGUCCAUGGCAGCACCACACUUAUUCAACGAAAUCCGCGCCGCGCAGGCCACCGUCGCUAUGCUAACCGAGGAACUUCUAAUCCAUAACCGCGCCUACACCACUGCCGACGAGCAAGUCCAAGAAGCAGAGCAAGAGCUCCGAUAUGUUCAAAGAACGCACGGCUACAAUGUGCAAGGAUCUCCAGAACUGUCAAAUUGCAUCGAUAGAUUGAAUCUCUGUCGCCAGCACCUAGAAGCCGUCCAAGAGCAUUUGUUGCACUUAUGGCGUGAACUUGAGCGGACCGUGAACGCAAAAGCGAUGCUCUGGGCAGAAGUGGAAGAAGUUCAGGGAAGGAUAAAGUAUCCUUCGAACAAAAUUCCCUUUAUGCAAGAGAAAGUUGUUCUCCAGGCGGAAGAACAUCCGGAGCAGGAAGCAUAUUGGAGGAAACAUAUGUUUGGCAAGACGAGGCCACAACAAGAUCGCAGCGAGUCAGAAGAGGAGAAUUCGCGUCGAAGGGUAGACGAAAGGGCGCGACGAGACGCGGAGGAGGAGAGAUUGCGUCGAGAAGAAGCGGAAGAAAAGAGACGAAACAAUGCGCGAAACCAGCAACCAAGUCCGCGAAGGCAACAAUUUCCACCGCAACCACAGCAGCCUAGGCUGGCCCCUCUCGUCGUCAACCCAAUUGCAUUACGCCAGUGGCAACUAUACGUCACACAGAGCUUCUCGAACUACGCCCUCAUCAACGGGUUUCCGGACCCAUGCUCUGGACCACUGCCCGUUGUCACACCUUGCGCAAGACCGCAAUGCAACCAAGAAGAAAGAACAUUAAUUGCAUGUUCGUGUCAACUACGCAAAGCUUUCGAGGCAGCGGGGGUGAAUUUGAAGAAGGAAUUGCAUCGAUGGCACCCCGAUCGAUUCCACGUCUGCGCUGAGCCGAAGCGACCUUUGUAUAUUUUGAUGGCGACCGAAGUCUUCCGGGUUCUGAAUGAGAUGAGAGAAGAGGCGCUGAGGAGAGGACUUUGA